AUGAAGAACCAGUUGUUGAAAGUAUUCUGUUUGGUUGGGGCUGAGGGUGAGAUAGAAGCCAAAAAUGCCACCAAUGUGACAGUAACCUUUCUGCUGACAACAGAGAGCUGCAGUCUGGAGGAUGGGAAACCAUCCACCUUGGAGAAAGUCAGGGAGGAAUAUGUCAAGGAGCAAUUCAGCAAUCACAGCACUACAUCAACCUCGGAAGCCGUGAGUGAAAUUGACUCUGCCAUCUGGUGUUUGGUUCAAGAAUGUGAAAAACAAACACUGGAAGAAGAUGAGAAGCCAGAAUUGAUCCAGCUUGCGGACAGUUCAUCCCCAGAUCUGCUGGAGUUUGAGCGAUACCUGUAUUUUUAUAAGCACACAAUGGACCUGCUGAUAGAGCAUGGAAUUGUUUGCACUGGAGGGGUGCCUCUUCCUGAGGUCUCCACAGCUAUUUGUCAUCUCUGGCAAGAGCUUUCUGAAGAAAGCAGGGAUAACAUCUUGCAGUGCUAUAGCCAGAGAGAUUUCCUCAAGACUGCUUACCAAGAGCCUGCAUGCACUGAAGGUAGUGUGAGGGACAGCGGAAGUAACAGUGAGGAAGCCAGUGGUUCCUCAGUCCCCACACCAGCAGAAGUAAUGUUUGAAGAUGCAUUUGAUGUUGCUCCUGGUUCCCUUGACAGAAGCAAGACUCAGGGAAUGUCUAGCCAGAGUUCAGCAUUUGCAAGCUGCACUUCUGAAAAUCCAGAGGAUCACCACAGACUCUAUCUGUGGGUCACUGACUUUCUAAAACACCUCUUCUUCACCAAUCCACAGUUUUGCCAGGAAGAAGAUGAUGAGACUGUGAUGCUGAGGUGCACUGAGACCUUCGAUGAUGAAGAUUUCUAA